CGCAAUGGCGCAGUAUUGCCAACAACACUACGUCCAUGGUAGCAUGGCAUUUUCAGGUUCCCGACCAUAUGCAUUAUAUUGUACUCUCUAAUCCAACGCGAACUGCUCGACGUCAUAAUGAUCGAGCGCGAGCGUCAUCUCAUAACCCGUGGCCCAGAAAAUCUCGUGACCGAGCAAGCACCACCUGGGUCUAGCCUGGUCGCAGAUUCAAUUAAACCAGGAUGCUUCAUGGUGCUACUCUAAAUCUCAGACCAUCGAUCCAUACAUAUCAGUUUUCUGUUUCAGUAGUAUGGCAACUGACUCGUUUCCACAACGCUUACCUACGCUGGAUCGGCUUGGUGUCACUGAUCCUUCCAAUGUCUCCUCAUCCGAGGUAGCCACCGAGUGGCUCAACGCUUUCUCAGCCGCAAUAACUCAAAGUGAUACCGCAGCUGUCGUCGACCUCUUUCUCGAGGACGGCUUCUGGAAGGACGUGAUCGCACUGACAUGGGAUUUCAGGACAUUCGAAGGAAGGAAGGACAUCAAGAAGCUCUUGGAUGCUCGUCUCGUUGCUACGGGUCUUAACGAACUGCGUCUCCUACAGGAGCCCUUGAAUGGACCUGUUCUGCAAAAAGUUUAUCACGAUUUAGUCUGGUUGCGGUUUUGCUUUGGUUUUACCACCAAGCAUGGCAAGGGUACUGCAGUCGUUUAUCUCGUUCCCCUUCCAGAUUCAAAGUGGAAGGCCUACACUCUGUUGACCUGUCUCAAUUCGUUGACCGAUUUCCCUCAAAAGCUCGGUCCCCUCAGAAAGUGGGAGACUGAUCAUGGCAGUUGGGAAGAGAAGCGGCGUCAAGAGACUGAGUUCUCAAUCAAUGACCCAACGGUGAUUGUCAUCGGCGCGGGGCACAGCGGUCUGGAGACCGCGGCAGGCUUGAAGUACAUUGGUGUACCCACGCUUGUCAUUGAUAAGAAGCCCAGGGUUGGGGAUAGCUGGAGAGAUCGUUACAAGGCUCUUUGUCUGCAUGAUACUAUCUGGUACAACCAAACGCCUUACUUGAAAUUUCCGCCUACAUGGCCAGUCUACACCCCAGCCGCAAAACUGGCAGACUGGUUGGAAGCAUAUGCGAGUUUCCUUGAGCUCGACGUUUGGACGGCCUCGACGAUCACCAAGACAUCCUGGAACGAUGGCACGAAAACCUGGUCCGUCGAAGUCGAUCGCGGCGGUAAAGGUACUAGGAUUCUGACCGUUAAGCACCUCGUUUUUGCCACUGGAUCUGGCGGUCGCCCGAAUGUUCCCGACAUCCCUGGGAAGGCAAGCUUCAAAGGGUCUGCCGUGCACUCGUCAGAAUUCAAAUCCGCGGCUGAUCAUAUCGGUAAAAAAGCAAUCAUAAUCGGCUGUUGCAAUUCUGCACAUGACAUCGCUCAAGAUUUCUGUAGUCACGGUGUCGACAUCACAAUGUAUCAACGAUCGUCAACGUUUGUGAUCUCGACGAAGUCAGUGGCAGCAAUGCUAGGCGAUAUUUAUAAUGACGACUUCCCCACUGAGCUGGCUGAUACUUACGAUACCUCGCUGCCUUGGGCAGUUGUUAGGCGGCUGCAUCAACGUAUGGUUCCUAUGGUCGCUGAGACCACAGACAAGGCGAUUCUAGAUGGAUUAGCUAAGGUUGGCUUCAAGACUAAUCUUGGCCUACAUGGAGCAGGCAAUACGUCCCUUUACCUGGAGCGUGGUGGUGGCUACUACAUCGAUACCGGAGCAAGUAAAUCUAUUAUCGACGGGAAUAUUAAAAUCAAGAACGGUUCUGCAAUCGAGUCCUUCACGGAAAACGGCCUUCGAUUUGCUGAUGGAGCCGAGCUACAGGCAGAUAUAAUAGUAUUUGCUACGGGUUACGGCGAUCCCCGUGACUUCAUGCGCGAGGUCUGUGGAGAUGAAGUCGCGUCAAAAAUCACCAGGGUCUGGGGUCUAGACGAAGAAGGACAAACUGCGGGAGCGUGGAGGUAUUGCGGGCAUGAUGGACUGUGGUUCGCAAAUGGUGAUUUGGCUCUAUCGCGCUUCCACAGUCUCCAUUUGGCCAUGCAAAUCAAAGCAAUAGAAGAAGGUAUUUUGAAUAAGGCAGACAUAGUCAUUUGAUGAUGUUUCGAAGAUCUGCUCAUGAUCAGGACUGGAAGACCUGUAAAAUGUGAUUAUUGCGUGAAUUCAAGGUUGUAUGUACAAUAAAUUCAAGGGAAUUUUCACUGGAGCCCUCAUACAUGUC